ACCGAAGGCGAAUACAAGGGCCGGAAGUUAGCGUUGCACCGAUUAUCAUCAAAUCGGCUGAUAAAAGAACAUGUUUGAAGGACGAACACUCUCGGCGACACGACGGAAGAAAUUUAGAAGACAUCUGUCUCAUAAGUCAGGCUAAUGGUUCGGCAUUUAUAGAAAUACGCCGGACUAAGAUUGCUUGUGGCGUUUAUGGCCCACGCCAAACAAAAAUUCCAUCCUUUAGUGGAAAAGGAAAUUUGAAUGUUGAAAUUAAAUUUGCGCCUUUCUCGUGCCAAAAAC